AGUGACGCAAACGGUUUGCUUGGCUGAGCUUGAGCUGCAUGCAGCCAAGCACACUGCGCGAAAAACAAAGCAACAAAGUCGAAGAGUGCCGAUCCCAGUCCGUGUAGCAGCCAACUCCGCUGGGCUUCGGCCCCCGCCUGAUGGCACCGCAAGCUGCGGCAGAGUCCGCAGCAGCCGCGGCUGCUACAGCUACUGCGGCGGCGGCCCCCUCAUCAGCUACAGCCACUGCUACUGCUCCCCCCGCUGCCCAGCUGGCCACUCGCGACGGCGGCGACGGCGGUUCAGAACAGCAGCAGCAGCACCUGCAACAGCACCGGCCGCAGCAGCCCGCGCCAGCAGCGGCGACGGCGCAGCGCUACCCGGCGGGCAGCAGUAGCACUUGCAGUGGCAGUAGCAUGGACGGCUCUUCCCAGGAGACAGGAGAGGCCCCGCCUGCCGCCGCCGCCGCCGCCACACCCGCGGCAGUAGCACCCGCAGCCGCAGCGGCGGCUGUAGCUAAGCCAGCGGCAGGCAUCAGCCUCGGCCCCCACGAUAAACCAAAGCUGUCAACGGUGGCGCCUCCGGAGCCCCAGUCACCCCAGCAGCCACCCGAGCAGCAGCAGCAGCAGCAGCCACUGCAGGGCUGGUCUCCGGGUCGGCGGCUGGGCAUGACCCUGGCGGCGCCGCUGCUGGCCGCCUACUGCUGCGCCGCGUUCGGGGCGGCGUGGUUGCUCACGUGCACCAUCCUGCCCUCCUACGUGCUGGCGCAGCGCCUGUACUGGGCCUGCCCCUUCAUCCCGCACAUCUGGGCCCGGCUGGGGCCGGUGGCGGGCACGGCGGCGCGGCUGGGCUUCGAGGCGUCGCACUGCAUCAACAUCCUCACACGCCUGCUCACACUGCCGCUGCGGCCGCACCUGCCCGCCUUCUACAUCCUUGGCUUCCCGAAGUGUGGCACCACCAGUCUGGCGGAGCACCUCAAGCACCACCCCGGCCUCAGCGCCACCGCCGGACUGCCCUACCACGAGGCGCUGGCCAAGGAGUCGCACUUCUUCCAGGGUGUGUACGGCCGCACACACGCCCACUCGCGCACGCUCUACCGCUCCUGCUUCCCCACCGUGCUCACGCGCUGGUGGCACGAGGUGGUGAGGGGGGCGCCGGCCUGGGCCUGCUUCGACGCCUGCCCGGUGAACGUGUGCAUGCCGCACACGGCCGAGCGCAUCCGCCGCCUCACGCCGGAGGCCAAGUUUGUGGUCAUGCUGCGGGACCCGGUGCCGGGCGUCUUCAGCGCCGAGAUCAUGAUGCGGGACAUGGGCGUGCCGCUCACGUGGAGCCUCAUGGAGCCGCCGCAGGGGGAGGAGGACCCGCGGUUCACACAGGUGCCGGCGGAGGUGUCGGCGCUGUGGCGGCGGCUGGCGGCGCUGGGUCCGGAGGAGCCGCUGCCGCGCGAGCUGCCCACCACCUUUUACACACAGCUGGGCGCGGUGCUGCAGUGCGGCAUGUACGCGGACCUGCUGCGCCCCUACCUGGACCGGUUCCCAAAGGACAGUUUUAUGUUUGUGGAGUUCAAGCAGUUUACUUUCAACCCUGAGGCCGUGGUGCGCCAGGUAUUGCAGUUCGUUGGGAUGGACGCGGCCCGCUACACACACAAGCCCCUGCCGCCUGCAAUGAAGAACAACUACGGCUCCCGCGCCAUGCACCCGGGCGUGCGGGCGGCCCUGGCACGGCUGUACGGCGGCCCGGGCGGCCCCAACCGCCGCCUGGCGGCACUGCUGGCGGCCUGGGGGCAGCUGCCUGCAGAGCUAGGGUGGAUGGGCAUGGAGGGGGCGUGAGGGCGGGGGAGGGGGGAGGGAGUGGGCGUGAGGGAGGGAGGGGGAGGGGGAGGAGGAGGAGGCGGGAGUGUGGGGGGUGUGAGGACGUAAGAGGAGUGAGGGGUGGGCGAGCGAGGUCUCUUGGGUCGGAGUGGUGGUGUGUGGUGUAGCGGCGGCUGUCGGGCUGGGAGGUGGGACGUGACUGGGUGGCCGUUGUAGAUGUGCUGCGGCCGGACCAUAGAUGUGGGGAGGCAGAUGAAGACAGGUGGGGUUGCGCCCGCCGGGAGGUGGAGGAGGAGGAGGAGGACGAGGAGGAGGGGUCAUCAGAAGAACCAGAGUGGAGGCGGCUUAUAGGCUUGCAGGCCUGGCACGGAGCGGCGCCUGAGGCCCACUCGGCUCUGGGGGAGUUGGGAAACUGGACUGGACUGGUCUUGGGUGCGACGGUAUGUGCCCCAAAGGCCCAAACCCUAGGUAGGUGUGAGGACUGAACUGCUGGGCAACGCACCCGUUUGUAAUAUUCCUGCAUU